UGCCUUGUUUCUACAACGUAAUCUCACAUCAGCCAUCUGUAAAAAGUAGCAAAAGGAAGCAACACAACCACAAAAAGAUGAGAAAAAAAAAUCAUCCAUUAUGAUUUAUCAAUGAGAAGCAUCAGAAACAAACUGAAUUCUGACCUUGACUGAUAAUCUCUUCAAGUUGUCCCUUCCAAAAUCAUUCUUACGCUCUCAGGUCAAGCAAAAGUUGCAGAAUUAUGAUAUCAACAACAAUGGAGGAAAAACCAAAAGAAGCUAAAACGCCAAUGACAGGCUUUGCGUCAAUAAACGAAGACCUUUUCCAAAACAUACUCAAACGAAUACCAGCUUUAUCCUUUGCAUCAGCAGCUUGUGUAAGCAAAUCAUGGAGCCGAAAUUGCAAUCAAAUCCUCUAUAAACCAAAGCUUGCCUCCGCUUUUUCUCUGAAUCCAGUCCAAAAGGUUGCAUUAGAAGAGGUUGUCAAUAAGGUUCUCUCUGAGCCAAUUAGACCCCAGUUUGCCAUUGCAAAUGUUAUUGGGAGUGGGGUUGAUUUGAGUGGAAUACUCGAUUUUUUAGCAGCAAAACUUGGUUCCAAAACUCCAAUUAUUGUGUCUUGUGCUGGUGGAAUCAUGGGAAGAGAUGCUGUUACUGAUGAAUAUAAAGAGGUUAUGAUAGAAGAUUUUUGGGUUGAUGGUGCAUCAAACUCAAGCUUUGGUAUCAUGUUGGCUGUGGGAUUUUUACCAGGACUAAAAGUUGAUGCCAUCCCGCUGCUACGACCAAGAAAGGCACAGGGAGUGGCAAUGGUUGAUAAGUUCGUGAUGGAUAUUAGGAAUUAUGCAGCUUUAGUAUCUGAUUCCACAUCACCGAGUCUGAUUAUAAUGUUUGGAAGCGAAAAAACUGACCAGAAACCUGUAAUGGAAAAGCUGGAUCAUGCCAUGUCGAGGGAAACAAUUGUUGUCGGCGACGAGAGAGCUCAAUUCCUGUACAGAAGUGGCAUAGAGUCAAGAAAUGUCUAUUAUGGGAGCGUCGAUCAAUAUUUUUCUGAUGCAGUUGCUCUUGUAUUUGCAAGGGAUCAAAACAGGCCUUCUGGCACAGGGGAAAUCCAUUUCCAUUCUGCAUUAUCAAGUGGUGUUUCUGCAAUAGGUCCAAGGUUCAAGGCAGUUUCUGCCAAUGAGAUUGAAUCUGAGACAGGUCUUAGUACAUGGCUUUCUGUCAGAAGAGAAGGAGGACAAGAGAUUCUAGGUGGUCAGAGGAUUAUAGAUGACAUCAACAAUGAGUUGGGGAACCAAACUAAACUGUUCAUUGGAGUUUCUGAACAAAGAAAAUGCUUUGUUGGGCCAGAGAAGCCAAGACAGAUGAGAUCUCUAGCUUUCCAUGAAGUUAUGGGUGGAGAUGUAGAGCACCUUUUUGUGGAUGGAGUCGGCAUAAAAACUGGAGACUACUUUCAUCUUUACCAUCCAGAUCCAAGCGCCGCAUUAUCUUCUUGUAGUAAUAUCUCCAAGAAUUUCAGAAACCUGAAGCUAGAUUGGAGUUUUAGAAGCUGCCAGCUUCAUGCAGCUAGGGGUGUUGGUGAAAAGGAAGUUAUUGGAGGUUUCGUUUUCGCUUGUUGGGGCCGUGGUGAGUCAUUCUUUGGGCACAGCAAUGUUGAUAGCUCACCAUUCUUGGAUAACUUUCCUGGGGUCCCAAUGGCAGGGAUAUUUACUUAUGGGGAAAUCGGACGGGGCUUUUCAAUCUUGAAUACAGAUUUUGAAUCAGGCCAAGAAGAUAAGACUUUGUGUUUCUGUGUACAUGUUUAUAGCACUGUAUAUUUGUUGGUGUCUUAUACUCCGGCACCUAUAGAGCAUUAGAUCUUGUCUAUCUUCUUCUUCAUGAAAUCGUAUCUGAUUUCGUGUUGUUAGGGUCAUUGAAAAAUCCUUGAGGUUGUAGGAGUAUACUUUAGAACUACGUAGUUCUCAGGAUUCUUUUCACAUUUUCUGCUCAUAUUUUAGUAUUUCUAUAUCA